UUCUCUCUCUCCCUAGUUUCAUCCCGUGACUCUUGUCUUAUGCAUCAAUUAGAUCUUGUUAUUUCUGUCAUUUUGUAAUAUUUAUUGAUUCUUUAUCCUACCUGAUACCAAUUAAUUGAGAUUCAUCUUUUUGUUCCUGCCUUGAUUCCCAUGUUAAAUAAAAGUGAACUAGUAUGGAGUAGACUGUGAUUAUUAAGAAAAUAGGGAAGGAAGAUGCUUAUGAAGGAAACCAAUAAUAUUGCAGAUGAACAGGCUAAUAGAGACCACCAAGAAGAGAUGAUUUGUAAUGGAAAAGGCGUGUUCUUGACAUGGGAGGAUUUGUCUGUAUCAGUUUCAAGUAGCAGAGAUGGUCCCAAACAAAUCCUUAAAGGUCUUACAGGCUAUGCUUGCUCAGGAGAUGUAUUAGCUGUCAUGGGCCCUUCUGGUUGUGGAAAAUCAACACUUCUUGAUGCACUGGCUGGUAGGCUAAGCUCUACUUGGAUUCAAAAUGGAGAUAUUCUUCUCAAUGGCCAUAAACAACAACUUGCAUAUGGGACAUCGGCAUAUGUAACUCAAGAAGAUACUUUGACAUGGACACUUACAGUUAAAGAAGCUGUCCAUUACUCUGCCCAACUCCAAUUGCCUAAUUCAAUGUCUAAGGCUGCAAAGGCCGAAAGGGUAGAGACUACAAUAAGAGAAAUGGGACUGCAAGACUCUGUAGACACGCGAAUAGGAGGUUGGGGAAGAAAAGGACUGAGCAAUGGCCAAAAGAGGAGGCUGAGUAUUUGCUUAGAGAUCUUAACGCGCCCAAAGCUUCUAUUCCUCGACGAGCCAACGAGUGGUCUUGACAGUGCAGCUUCUUACUAUGUUAUGAGCAGAAUAGCUAAAGUUUCCAAACAGGAAGGAAUGACAGUUGUUGCAUCCAUACAUCAACCGAGUUGUGAUGUUUUUGGGCUUUUUCGUAAUCUAUGUCUUCUCUCGUCUGGCCGAACAAUAUACUUUGGAAACUGCUCUGCUGCAACUGAGUUCUUUGCAACAAAUGGUUUUCCUUGCCCGUCUCUCCAAAAUCCAGCCGAUCACUACCUCAAAACAAUUAAUUCGGAUUUUGAUGAGGACAUUGAGCAAGGGAAUGGAGCAAAAGCUACUGCAGAGGAAGCCAUUGAUGUUCUUGUUGAAUCCUACAGAUCAUCAUCAAAUAUUUGCAAGCUGAUUGAACAACAACUAGCCAAUAUCCAUACAAGGGGUACUGGAGCCAUAGUGGAGAAGAAGAAGAAGAAGGGAGGCCAAGCUAGCUUCUUCUUCCAAUGCCUUGCCCUUACAGAGAGGUCUUUUAUCAACAUGUCUCGUGAUAUGGGUUACUAUUGGCUUCGGCUGGCCAUAUACAUUGCCUUGGCUUUUGGUUUAGGCACUGUCUUCUUUGACAUUGGCACUUCAUACGGCUCAAUUCAGGCAAGAGGAUCCGUUCUCAUGUUUAUUGCUUCGUUCUUGACAAUCCUUGCAAUUGGUGGUUUCCCUUCCUUUGUAGAGGACAUGAAGGUCUUUGAGCGGGAGAGACUAAACGGGCAUUAUGGAUCAUUGGCUUUCGUGGUGGGCAACACUUUAUCUUCAAUGCCUUACUUGUUUGCCAUAUCUCUAAUUCCCGGGGGAAUCACUUACUAUCUCAUUGGUCUUCACGGUGGAAACAAACGUUUCAUCCACUUCGCAAUGACUCUUUUCGCUUGCAUGAUGUUGGUGGAGAGCCUAAUGAUGAUCGUGGCAAGUUUGGUUCCGAAUUUCCUAAUGGGCGUCAUUUCAGGAGCCGGAAUUCAAGGACUGAUGAUGCUGAGUGGUGGUUUUUUCAGGUUGCCUAAGGAUUUACCAAAUGUAUUUUGGAGAUACCCAAUGUACUACAUUUCUUUCCACAAGUACGCGUUUCAGGGACUUUACAAGAACGAAUUUGAAGGGAUGCGAUUUGGCGACAAGAAGGAAACGGGGAUAGAUUCGUAUGUUGAAGGUGAUAAGAUCUUGAGGGAAACAUUCGAUGUUGAAAUGGGUUACUCAAAGUGGGUAGAUCUUGGAAUUUUGUUUGGAAUGAUAGUGUUGUAUAAGUUCCUUUUCUUUGGCUUUGUAAAAGGAAAUGAACAAAUUAAGCCAUUUAUUAAAGGAUUACUAAAGUUUCUUUCUUUUAGAAACACUAAUUAAAACACUAUAUUAGAGGAUUCCUU